AUGAGCGGUUUCCGGUUUCUGAACCUUGUCCGCCCAUUCCUUCCGCUGCUGCCUGAGGUUGCGUCGCCCGACCGCAAAGUUCCUUUCAACCAGAAGGUACUAUGGACCGCUGUCACCCUCCUCAUUUUCCUUGUGUGCUCGCAAGUACCGCUGUAUGGAAUCAUGUCCUCUGACUCGUCCGACCCGCUUUACUGGAUGCGUGUCAUCCUCGCGUCGAACCGUGGAACCCUCAUGGAGCUUGGUAUCAGUCCUAUCGUCACCUCUGGCAUGAUCAUGCAGCUUCUCGCUGGCGCCAACCUCAUCGAGGUCGACUUUAGCUUGAAGGAGGACAGGGCCCUGUUCAGCGGUGCACAGAAGCUCUUCGCUCUUAUCAUUUCACUCGGACAAGCUACGGUUUACGUCGUCACCGGUCUCUACGGACAACCCAGCGACCUCGGCGCUGGUGUCUGUCUCCUACUCAUCGUCCAACUCGUCGCCGCUGCACUCAUUGUCAUCCUCCUCGACGAACUUCUCCAGAAGGGCUACGGUCUCGGCUCCGGUAUCUCUCUCUUCAUCGCGACCAACAUCUGCGAGUCCAUCGUCUGGAAGGCCUUUUCGCCUACGACUGUCAACACCGGCCGUGGCCCCGAGUUCGAGGGUGCCUUCGUCGCCCUCUUCCACCUUCUCUUCACCUGGAACGACAAGGGCCGCGCGCUCCGCGAGGCAUUCUGGCGCGACAGGCUCCCCAACGUCAUGAACCUCAUCGCGACCGUCGUUGUCUUCGCCGCCGUCAUCUACCUCCAGGGCUUCCGUAUUGAGAUCCCCGUCAAGAGCAACCGCUUCCGCGGCCAGCGUGGCUCGUACCCCGUCAAGCUCUUCUACACGUCCAACAUGCCCAUCAUGCUGCAGUCGGCGCUCACUUCGAACGUGUUCAUCGUCUCGCAGAUGCUCGCUACUCGUUUCCCGUCCAACUUGUUCGUCAAGCUCGUUGGUGUUUGGGAGCCCAUGGAGGACUCGCCCCAGCUCCGCGCUGUUUCUGGCCUCGCGUACUACAUGUCGCCUCCGCACACCAUCGGGGAGGCUCUCCUUGACCCCAUCCAUGCCUUCCUUUAUGUGGCCUUCAUCACCUCUGCCUGCGCCCUCUUCUCCAAGACCUGGAUUGAGGUUUCGGGCAGCGGACCCCGUGACGUUGCCAAGCAGCUCAAGGACCAGCAGAUGGUCAUGGCCGGUCAUCGUGAGGGCUCGAUGUACAAGGAGCUCAAGCGCGUCAUCCCCACAGCUGCUGCGUUCGGCGGUGCCAUCCUUGGCCUGCUGUCCGUCGCUGCUGACCUCAUGGGCGCCAUUGGCAGCGGCACUGGUAUCCUCAUGGCUGUUACGAUCAUUUACUCCUACUGGGAGAUCGGCAUGCGGGAGUCGGGUGGCCCUGAGAUGGCUGCGCUCGGAGACUUGAUGUACUACCUCCACAAUGAAAAUGCGGGACCGUCAACGAAGUAUCAAAAACACACGCAUAAAAACAAGGACGCCGAGAAACAGGCGGCCAGAAAAGUACGGCGCGACAAGCUCGAUCCUUCCGUCAACCACACACCACACAUAAACGGUGGUGCAGACGAGGACGACGAAUCGGACGAUGACGCCUCCGCGGGCGAACUCGACGAUGCGAUGCAGGUAGACGGCGGCGAUGAUGGCGAUGUAGACGAUGCUGAGGAGGAAGAGGAGUCGCUCGUGCCCAUGCCACCUGCUCAGGGCAUCGCCGCCCUCCGCGAAAAGCUGCACGCACGCAUGACCGCUCUGCGGCGGCCUGGCGGGAGUGGAGACCCCGAUUCGCGAGACGCACUUUUAGAAGAGCGGAGAGCUCAGCGUGCGGCGUUGCGCGAGCGGAGACGCAAGGAGACGAAGGAGCGGCGGAAAGCGGAGAAGGAGAAGGCAGGCAAGAAGGCCGAGGCCAUUGUAGCGAGGACGAAGGGGCCUGUGACUAAUACCCAACUCAUCGUCCCCGACGUGCCCUCGCACCGCCCAACCGAGACAAACGUCACUUUCUCCGCGCUCUCCUCAAAAUCCCCAUCAAAAUCAAAAGGCUCAAAGUUUCUCCCCAACACUACGUCCUCGAACCCCAAAACAGCUCUUGACCAGCUUCACGCACACAAGAAUUCUCUUGCGUCUCUCCCCGAGGAGAAACGCAAGGCUGCUGAGGAACGCGAGCGGUGGGCAGCUGCGGAGGCGCGUAUGGGCGGCACGAAGGUCAAGGACGACGAGACGAAGCUGAAAAAGGCGGUCAAGCGCAAGGAUCAGGAAAAGAAGAAAAGCAAAAAGGAAUGGGACGAGAGGAAGAAGCAGCUCGAGACGUCGAUGGCUGCCAAAGUCAAGAAGCGCUCAGACAACAUCGCCCAGCGGCAUGAACGCCGCAAGGGCGGCGCUUCGAAGGGCAAGACGAAGAGUCGGCCAGGGUUCGAGGGCAAGUCGUUUGGCGGGAAGGGCAAGGCGGCGGGUAAAGCUAAGAAGGGCAAGUAG